AUGAGUUCAGCUUAUCAUCCUCAAACGGACGGUCAAUCUGAGAGAACCAUCCAGACGCUUGAAGACUUACUGAGGACGUGCGUCCUAGAUCACGUGGGCGUAUGGGAUGAAGUCUUACCAGUAGUGGAGUUCACCUACAACAACAGCUUCCAAUCCAGCAUCGGAAUGGCUCCAUUUGAAGCUCUUUACGGGAGGAAGUGCCGAACGCCACUAUGUUGGUUCCAGGAAGGAGAGAAGGUAUUGAUUGGACCUGAGCUCAUUCAGCAGACGAUCGAGAAGGUGAAGUUGAUCCAAGAGAGGUUGAAGACGUCAAGGAGCCGACAGAAGUCGAGAAUUAGACCAGUUGCGUACGAGUUGUCCUUGCCUCCCCAACUGUCCAAUCUUCAUCCAGUCUUCCACGUUUCUCAACUCCGGAAGUACGUAGCUGACCCUUCUCAUAUACUAGAGUUAGAGGACGUUCGUCUUCGUCAAGACCGAACGCUAGAAAUGCAACCAGUUCGUGUUGAAGACAGCCGCACCAAGUACUACAAGAGGAAAGCCAUCCGAUUGGUGAAAGUGGUCUGGGACGAGAAGACUGGCGGCUCUACAUGGGAAGUGGAGGAUGCCAUGAGGGACUUGUAUCCCCAUCUGUUUGCGG